UCCCCGCCACAGGAGUGAGGAGGAGGGUCGGAAUCACGGACUCCGCCCCUUCGCGGCUCCACGCGUGACGUCGCCGGGGCCCGGCUUCGACCGGCUCCCAGGGAUGUUCCUUUUCAUCAGGCUGUUGCAUCUCUCCUGGGAAAGAGCACUUCAGUUGGAAGCAGGAGACACCUUGGCCCUACCAUUCCUGUGUUAAUGUCCAUGAGCCUCGGUUUUUCCCACAGUAUUUUUGCCUUGCCUCACCUGGUUGUGAAGAUAAAUAUGACACAGAAAAAUAGAAAAGAAAUGGUCACUUGUUGAGUACCUGCAUGGCCAACAGGCUUUCCGUGGAUGCCCAGACCCCUCUACUACCCAUGGGCAGCUGCCAGGCAGGGCACAACCUGCAUCUCUGUCUGGCCCACCACCCACCUCUGGUCUGUGCCACUUUAAUGGUUCUGCUUCUUGGCCUUUCUGGCCUGGGCCUUGGCGGCUUCCUCCUCACGCACAAGACUGGCCUGCGCAGCCCUGACAUCCCUCAGGACUGGGUCUCCUUCUUGAGAUCUUUUGGCCAGCUGACCCUCUGCCCUGUGACUAGGAAAGUCACAGGGGAGUGGCAUGAAUCCCACAUUGUGGGCUUGCUGACCACUUUGAACUUCGGAGAUGGUCCAGACAGGAACAAGACCCAGAUAUUCCAAGCCAAGGUUCUGGGUAGUCAGAUGGGAUGGAAAGGAUCUUCUGCAGGAGAGUGGGUCCUUGUUACAGCCAGGGUCACCACGGAAAGGACCCCAGGAAUCUGCCUGUAUUUUAGUGCUGCUCCAGGACUUCUGCCCUCCAGCCAGCCACCCAUAUCCUGCUCGGAGGAGGGAGUAGGAAAUGUCACCCUGAGCCCUAGGAUGGGUGAAGAUUGUGUCAGGGUAUGGAGCCAGGAAGGCCUUGUGCUCACCAAGCUACUCACGUUGGAGGAGCUGGCUCUGUGUGGCUCCAGGCUGCUGGUUUUAGGCUUUUUCCUGCUUCUCCUUGGUGGCCUUCUCUGCUUUUUAACUACUGUGUGCUUUCAUCCACGCCGGGAGUCCUCCUGGUCUAGAACCCGGCUCUGAGGGCACUGGCCUAGUUCCUGUCUUGUUCUCAGGUGUGGAUCAACUUCUCUGACCUUGGUUCUGAGUUUGAAGAGAUGUUACAGAAAGUGGAGCUAGAAUGUGGGGGGAAAUUAAAAGAUUUUUUGCCCAAUA